UCGACGCCAAAAUGUUUCUGUUGAAAGGAGUGAUCGGGAGCGUCAUCAAAUCUGUGACCGACAUCGACCCGUCUCAGUUCAUGCCGUCAGACCCUCCUCCUCCCCGCAGACCGCUGCAGUUCGCUGAGGCCAAUGAGAGCGAAGAGGAGAAACAGUUUCGGAGGGUUUUCAAACAGCUGGCUGGAGAUGACAUGGAGGUGAGCCCCAAUGAACUGAUGAACAUCUUGAAUAAAGUGGUCUGCAAACAUGGGAAGCUGAAGACCGACGGCUUCAGCAGUGAGUCCUGCAGGAGUAUGGUUGCUGUGAUGGACAGUGACAGCACAGGAAAACUGGGCUUCCACGAGUUCAAGUACCUCUGGAAUAACAUCAAGAAAUGGCAGGUGGGUUGA